AUGAGGUCAGAGGUCAGGUAAUGAAUGGGCGGCUGCCAGCAUGGCUGUGGCCAGAGGCUCUGUAUCUCUCCUCCAAGGGUUCAGGCAUGUGUGCAAUAAAAACAGGUCUAAACUCCCUUCUAUAAACUGCAAUGGACUUCCUUCAAGAUACCAAAGGUGCCAGUAUGCCAGCACACAGGGGCUGGACCUGGAUGAGGAGCGGCCACAGUUCCCAGGCUCCACCAAGGCCCAGUUCACCCUGAGUAUGGACUUCCACCUGCCUGAGGAGACCCCUGGGAUCCCGGUCUACAGAGUUAUGGACGGGGAGGGCAGGAUACUGGACCCUAGUCAUGACCCACAGCUGUCCAAAGACACAGUGUUGGAGAUGUACAGGAAGAUGGUGAUGCUGAGCACCAUGGAUGGGAUCCUGUACAACGCCCAGAGACAGGGCAGGAUAUCCUUCUACAUGACAAACUACGGGGAGGAAGGCACCCACAUCGGGAGUGCUGCUGCUCUGGACCCACGGGAUAUGGCUUUUGGACAGUACCGAGAAGCAGGUGUUUUCCUGUGGCGAGGCUACACCCUGGAUGACUUCAUGAACCAGUGCUUCAGUAAUGACCUGGACUACAACAAGGGGAGAGCUUUUCCUGUCAACUUCGGGUCCAAAGAACACAACUUUGCUACCUAUUCCUCCCCCCUGGCCACACAGAUGCCACAUGCGUCUGGUGCUGCCUAUGCCCUGAAGCGAGCAGGGACAGGCCUGUGUGUGGUGUGUUACUUUGGGGACGGAGCUGCUAGUGAGGGAGAUGCACAUGCUGCUUUUAACUUUGCUGCUACACUGGACUGUCCUGUCAUCUUCUUCUGUCGAAACAAUGGCUACGCCAUCUCUACACCAACUUCAGAACAGUACAGGGGUGAUGGAAUAGCCUCGAGAGGGAGUGGUUAUGGCAUGGCCACCAUCCGUGUGGAUGGGAACGACACGUUUGCUGUGUACAACGUGACCAAGGCAGCUCGCCAGAUGUGUGUGACUGAGAACAGACCUGUACUGAUAGAAGCCAUGACAUACAGGAUUGGUGACCACAGUACGAGUGACGACAGUUCUGCGUACCGGACCCGUGACGAGGUGGACCACUACCGUGGGAACAGUCCCAUCACCAGACUGCAGCGCUACCUCCUGCACCAGGGCUGGUGGGACAUGCAGCAGGAGACAGACUACAGGGGGCAGGCUAAACAACAGGUGAUGGAGGCUUUCCGUGCAGGUGAGGCCAGGAAGAAACCUCCCCUGUCUGACCUCCUGACUGAUGUGUACGACACAAUGGAACCUCACCUGGCCAAACAGACACAGGACAUGCUGAACCAUGUUCACCACAACAAGGAGCAGUACCCCACCACCGACAUGUUCACGGUAGAGAAGUGAAAUGCAGAUGUUGUCACUGAUAUUAGUACCAGUAAUACAUAACUUAGAUAACAAGACAGCUUUCUGUUACUGAUUAUGAUAAAGAAAAGAUGGCUUUGUUUUCUGGUAAACUUACCAGACUUUGAA